AGCGCCGGCGAGGCGCGGGAGGAGGAGAGGCGGCGGGGAGGCGCAGCCGCUCACCUGCGGGGCAGGGCGCGGAGGAGGGACCAGGCUGCGCGCUCCGAGGCGGCGGAGGAGCUGGGGCGCAUCCGCACACCCGCACGCGGCCAAUCUCCGGGCGUCUCCCACCCCCGGCUGGGGGAACCGGAGGGGCACAGCUCUUUGACAAGCGGCCCGGCGGAGGCGUGGAGAGCGGCGAGCAAAAGAGCGAGCGAGCCAGACUGAAGAAACUCGAGCCGGGAACAAAGAGGAGUCGGGGUGUGUGUGUGUGAGUGUGUGUGUGCCGGCUCCAGCUCCCGGCAGAAUCUUUUGGGUCCGAGGUCCCUGCUCUGACGCCCGGAGACCCAGUAGUACCCUCCACUACCGACUCCCUGCGCUCGCCGGCACAAACUUUAUUCUUGGCAAACUUCUUCUCUUUCUCUUCCCCUCCUCCUCCGCCCCCCACCUUCUCCUCCGGCAGAUUGAAUGCGCCUGGAGAAGGAAAAGCGAAGCGAAAGGGAAGGAAAUAAGAAGCUUUGAAACGGACAUCUCCAACCCGGGUGGCUUUUUUUUUUUUUAAACCCUCCAGGAAGUGGACAUUUCAUUAUCUUCUGAUUCUCCUUACACCGUCUCUACUGGGGUAAACGGGGCCGUUUUGCCCAGUUCGCUCCUUUCCUCGGGAAACAAACUCCUGGAUCGUCAUCCAGGGAAGCUAAGGUGGAGAGAUCUGCGAAGAGUCGUGCCGACAGACCCUCCCCUGCACUUUGGAGAGUCGAAUCUCCUCCAGAACCGGCGUCCUCCGCGCGCAGACCCCGGAGACGCCGGGGGCGUGGGGCGGCCGCCCUGGCAGCCUAGCCAAGCGCGGGGCACAGACGCCCCCAGAGGCGCCGGCCGCCGCGGCCCUCGCCGCCCUGUGUUGUUCGGCCUCGGGGACGGGCGCCGGCAUCGGUCUCCGCCGAGUGGGAAGGCGCGGGCGGCCACCGGGGCUCGGGUGCCGCUGCAGCAGCUCCGGCUGCCGGCCGCCAGCCCGGCGCACUCCAGCCUGGCUUCCGCCCUCUCUCCUCCCUGACGCAUCCUUCCAGUUCUCCUUUUCCUCUCCCCCUUUUCGUCGAUCCCUUCUCUUUCCUGCUGUUGCCUGGGGUGCUCCCCCCGCGGAGCGGAGAUUACACAGUGGUCGGGAUGCCCCAACUCUCCGGGGCAGGCGGCGGCGGUGGGGGGGACCCGGAACUCUGCGCCACGGACGAGAUGAUCCCCUUCAAGGACGAGGGCGAUCCUCAGAAGGAGAAGAUCUUCGCCGAGAUCAGUCACCCUGAAGAGGAAGGAGACUUAGCCGACAUCAAGUCUUCCUUGGUCAACGAAUCCGAAAUCAUCCCGGCGAGCAACGGACACGAGGUGGCCAGACAAGGACAAACCUCUCAGGAGUCCUACCAUGACAAGGCCAGAGAACAUCCUGAUGAUGGAAAGCAUCCAGAUGGAGGUCUCUACAAUAAGGGACCCUCUUACUCGAGUUAUUCUGGAUACAUAAUGAUGCCAAAUAUGAAUAAUGACCCAUAUAUGUCAAAUGGAUCUCUUUCUCCACCCAUCCCGAGAACAUCAAAUAAAGUGCCCGUGGUGCAGCCAUCCCAUGCGGUCCAUCCUCUCACCCCUCUCAUCACCUACAGCGACGAGCACUUUUCUCCAGGAUCACACCCGUCACACAUCCCAUCAGAUGUCAACUCCAAACAAGGCAUGUCCAGACAUCCUCCAGCUCCUGAGAUCCCUACGUUUUAUCCCCUGUCUCCGGGUGGUGUUGGACAGAUUACCCCACCUCUUGGCUGGUUUUCUCAUCAUAUGAUUCCCGGUCCUCCUGGCCCCCACACAACUGGCAUCCCUCAUCCAGCCAUCGUAACGCCUCAGGUCAAACAGGAACACCCCCACGCUGACAGCGACCUAAUGCACGUGAAGCCUCAGCAUGAACAGAGAAAGGAGCAGGAGCCAAAAAGACCUCACAUUAAAAAGCCUCUGAAUGCUUUUAUGUUAUACAUGAAAGAAAUGAGAGCGAACGUCGUAGCUGAGUGUACUCUAAAGGAAAGUGCAGCUAUCAACCAGAUUCUAGGCAGAAGGUGGCAUGCCCUCUCUCGUGAAGAGCAGGCUAAAUAUUACGAAUUAGCGCGGAAGGAAAGACAGCUACAUAUGCAGCUCUAUCCAGGCUGGUCUGCAAGAGACAAUUAUGGUAAGAAAAAGAAGAGGAAGAGAGAGAAGCUGCAGGAAUCCACAUCAGGUACAGGUCCAAGAAUGACAGCUGCCUACAUCUGAAACAUGGUGGAAAACGAAGCUCAUUCCCAACGUGCAAAGCCAAGGCAGCGACCCCGGGACCUCUCUUGGAGAUGGAAGCUUGUUGAAAACCCAGACUGUCUCCACGGCUUGCCCAGUCGACCCCAAAGGAGAAAUAACACAAACUUCACCCUGAGGUCACUGCUAGAGACGCUGAUCCAUAAAGACAAUCACUGCCAACCCCCUUUCAUCUACUGCAAGAGCCAAGUUCCACAAGAAAGCAUACAAGGUUUUUUCAAAAGAAAAAUUAAAAAGCACAUGAGAAUGCUGGCAGGCCCUGGGCCAGCUGAGCCGCUUUCCUCCCGUCUCCGCCGUGCACUUCCCAGAGCACCCUGCAUCCGUAUCUGCAACCUUCUGGCAAGGACAGUAACUGGCUGCUUUCGCCUGCCCCAGGCACCUGAGCACUGGGGCGGCUGCAGCACCGCCGUCAGCGUCCCCGCAGGGAUGUGGGGAUGAGUUCCCUCUGUUUCUGGCUUCAUGUUUCUUUUUCUUCUCAAGCUUUUAUUUAACAGUGCAAAAGGAUCUAUCUUGUUUGCUUCUUUUUUUAAACUUGAAUUUUUUUUAAUUCACACUUCUUUUAUUUUUCUUGUAUAUUUUGCUAGCUAUGAGCUUUUUAAGUAAAAUUCAAAGAUCUUGAACUGUUUGAAAUAAAAACGAAAUGAAAAGAAGCCUCCUCCUUCUGAGAGAGAUCUCGUCUGCUAAGUGGCUUCUCCGUGAAUUACCUGUAACAAUAGUGGCCUCUCUGUCUUUGUAAGGUGUCUGAUAGAACUAAAUAAACAUAACAGCCAAUCCACUCUGUGGGUAGCAGUUGGCAGUCCUCUUUAUUUUUCUUAUGAUCUCUUUUUUUAAAUGGUAAACUUUACCAGAUACUUUCAGCAGACCAGUUUGCAGUGAAUUUUCAUUUUUUUCCUUCUCAACCCUUGUUGUAAAAAAGCCCAGCACUUGAAUUGUUAUUACUUUAAAUGUUCUGUAUUUGUAUCUGUUUUUAUUAGCCAAUUAGUGGGAUUUUAUGCCAGUUGUUAAAAUGAGCAUUGAUGUACCCAUUUUUUUUUUUUAAAUAGCAAGGCACAGCCUUUGCCCCAAACUGUCAAUCUAACGUUUGUCAUUCCAGUUUGAGUUAACGUGCUGAGCAUUUUUUAAAAGAAGCUUUGUAAUAAAACAUUUUAAAAGUU